AUGGAGCACAGUGACGUUGACCAGGAGACGGCUCUGGCUGCAGCCCAUGGCUACACAGGCUGCCUGUCCGCAGUGCAGUUCAGCCAUGUCGCACCUCUGAAGGCUGCUCUGCACCCUGGGCACCCAGCCCCUGUCACUGUGAUUGGGCAUGUGACUGAGUCCAGCUGUGUCGCCCCUGCUGGCACCGAUGCUACAUCACGGGAAAGGACACAUUCCUUUGCAGAUCACUCUGGAACGAUGGAUGACAGAGAACCUCUCACUCAUACUAUCAAAAGUGACUCUGCAGUAAUUGGAGGUCUGAUAGCUGUUGUGAUCUUUAUCUUGCUUUGCGUCUCUGCCAUAGCUGUUCGCAUUUAUCAACAGAAAAGGUUAUACAAAAGAAAUGAGGCAAAAAGGUCAGAGAAUGUAGACAGUGCUGAGGCUGUUUUGAAAAGUGAGCUUCAUAUCCAGAAUGCAGUUGGUGAAAAUCCAAAGGAGUACUUCUUUUGAUUGGCAGCAAUUCUCUAACUUGCAAGAAUGAGUUCAUUUUAAUAGCCAGGGGCUCUCAGUGGACAAGAACUGCUCUAACCCUGACCAUACAGGCGAUGGAUCUGCAGCACAGCCAUCUUGCCAUGUCCAGGCUCAGGAUGGCUCCAAGCAGCCUCCUCCAGUGAUGUGCUCCUCCAAGCCAUCAUUCUAUUUAAGAAAGGAGCUAGCUAUUGGUGUCCCCUUCCAACUUCUGCACAUGAUCAAAGCCAAGUUUAACUUGCUUCACAACUAUGGUUUUUAAAUGUGGAAACUGUAGCCCUUAUCUUCACUCUGUAAAACAUAAGUUUUGUUAGAGGUAAGAACUCAAAAUUGGACUAUAAUGGCCUUGCUUUACUUGAGACCAUAUGUCCUGUUUGCUUUCGUCUUUCACAUGGUGUUGUUCAUGAGCCUGGAAAUGCUUCUGAGAUACUGUUUGGCUGGUGUUCGCAUCUUCAGUGGCCAAAAGUCUAUACAUUAAGCCCCUUUGCCUUUCUCUGUAUUACAUUCAAUACAUCUAUAGUCUGAAAAAAAUGUUUUCUUGUCUUUGGCUUGUUUGUAUUGCUCUUUUUCUAUUAGACUCUUUUCUGAUACUUUUUAAAGCAUUUUGUUUUGAGUGUCUGACUUUUAACUCUGAACAUGCAAUUCCUAUAUAAAAAGACUCAGAAAGCACAGUGGUUGUCAGUAUGUGAUGUCACGCCUCUACAGAGAGUUUCUUAUCAGUGUUUGAUGAAAACUGGCGAAGACCCUGAGCAACUGUAAUUUUCCAAAGUGUGUACAAUGUUUUCCAUUAAACUAGUCACAAAACAAUUCCUAACACAGCUAUAUAUAUAUAUUUAAUUGCAACUCUAUUACCUCAAAUAGACUUAAGAGACUAUCCCCCAAACCUAAGGGCAGUAGUUUCUUAGAUUUAUGUUUUUCUAAAGGUAAUUGCCAAAUUUUCUUUGAUCUCCCAUGAGGAUGUUCCAAGGACUAUCUUCUUGUAUGUUUGAGAAGAAGGAGAUAACAUCAAGGGUAGAGCCCCACCCCUCAUUCUAAUACACAGUUAUGCCACUGGCAUGAAUUUUGCUGUGCACUAACGCCCAAUAUAUGUACCUUGUAAUCUGAGUUGUAACACGCCCCCUGCUUUUCAACCAAUAGAUAAGGUAAUAGAUGUUUACGUUCUUUUCAGACUCAAGCUCAAGAGGUCAUUCUAGUGAUCUGUCAUGUAGGAUGAUUAUGACCGCAAAAAUGAACCGGAAUCAGUCUGACAUACUCACUAGUUCAUGGUGGUUAGAGCCUGUGUAUACAAUGGGAGGUAGAAGCAUCAUUCCUAACUUUAUAAAACUGUAACAACAAUGAACUGUAGGGCCAAGUAAACAAGAUAAUUGCAUGGAAUUAUCUCUGAAAUCCAUAAGCCAAUUAAAUAAUGAAAGCACUCUGCAGUCCAUGUUCAUACCUUCAGGUGCCUCCAAAGUAAAAAAAAAAAAAUUCAAUUCCUUAGAUUUUUGUAUAAAACUUGGAAGUAUAUGAAUUCAACAUCAUUAGCAUCUUAUUUUCCUUGUGGACUCUUCUUGGAAAAAAAUCUGCUUGUCAUUUCCCAAAGCACAAGCUCCAUGUUAAUAUUUUUGUAAAUACUUGUCUAAAUCUUAAGGAAUGUGAAUUGAUGAAGGACCUAUAAUGGUAAACAGCAUCUAUAUGUGUGUGCAUAUGUACACAUGGAGAGAGAGAAAGAGAUAGAGAGAGAAGACAGACAGACAGACAUGCGUGGUGACAAGAGAAGCAUUUAACACAGAAUUUAUAUCAUUUGAGUAAAGUGUACAACCAUUAUCUCGGCUCUGAAUCUUUUAAAGGUAUGCUUUUAAUUUACUAGCAGUGUCCGCCUUACCAGUAGCUGAAAUGUAGUCAGUUUUAUGGAUGGUGAAGUGGCAAUGCCCUCUGGGGUCUGCACUGCAAGAGAAUGCAAUAAGAUGGCAUCAGAUUGCAUUGGUACCUUAUAUGCCAUGGUUUGGAUUUCCUGGUUUGUAAUGAAUUUCUUUCUCUUUCCUUAAUAAAAUGCAUUUUUG